UUGGUCGAACCUGGUAUUGUAUGGGGGAACAAAGGACGAUCUUUAAACAGAGACCAGCUUAAAUUCAGUGGUCGUCUGCCAUUCUCUGAAAUUCAGUGGUCGUCUGCCAUUCUCUGAAAUUCAGUGGUCGUCUGCCAUUCUGUGGGUUGUAGGGCUGUGGCUAGCAGGUCACCAUUUGGUGCCGGGACUUCUUGUGAUUUCUUCAGUAGACACGGCAGACUCCAACUGAAAUAACGACUCAGAUAGCUUCAAUAUAGUUUUAAACUCAUUUUCAAUUAAAAAAGGAAAAAGUUUCGGAAAAAAAAUUCGUGUUUUUAGGUGAAAAUUUAGGAACCGUUAGGAUUUCCGAAAUCGUUGAUGAUGUUUAUGAAUUGAAACAUUUCUUCAAGAAAUGCAAUCGAUCUUUUUGUAUCGUUAAAAAAAUUAGAACCUGUUUGAGAAAAAAACACCUAAACUAUGUUUUUCUGUUCAGUUUUACUAGAUUGAAAUCUGGUUCUAAAAAUACCGAACCGCCAAGAUAAAGAUAUAACUCCUAUAACAGUUUCACUACCAGCGUUACCGAACUUACACGUGUAAGCAUUACACUCUUACAUAAAGAACUCGCUGCUAUCUGUACUGAAUCCAUCAUAUACAAACUGUAUUGCUGCAAGCGCCAGAUCAACCAAGUCAAACACGAAGAGAAUGGGUUCAAAUCUCAAGCCAUUGUUGGCCAUUCUGGUCUCCGCUGUUUGGAUAUUUUUAGCAGCGGGGAUCGAGGUAAACGUCAGACUCCCCAGUGUCAACCUAGACUCGACCGGAAAAUGCCGGCUACCGGAUGUCUUCGAUAUCCAGAUCAGCAGACCGCUGGGCUCGGGGCCGGCGUGGGACAUCCGGCUGCAGCGCAACACGGUGGUGACGUCAUUGGGUUUCGUGUACGUCCUGAGGAACGUCCCGGGGCGGGGCCUGGUGCCGGAGGUUGAGCCCCUGGGGGACGAGCACCCCACUGAAUUAGAAGGUUACCAUAACAACAGCAUGGGCGCAUCUUUUAUCAUACGGUGUACGGACGACGGUGUCCACGGGAAGAUCUACUCCAUGGAAGGUACUCUCUACACGGCAGGUAAAAAAUUCCAGCUGACCCCAGUCUCCUGGAUGCUCCACCGGGUCGUCCAGAGCCCAGAUCACGUGACCGUCAACUACAACAUGCAGGAGGUGCAGGAAUACAACGCGGCGGACGCUUCUGCUGUACUAGACAGUCCACAUAUGCGAGUUGUUGAACCACGGACCUUCGACCAACAGAAGACAGAAAGACGAGUGAAGAGGGACUCAGAUACAACCUAUUACAUUGACGUCUUGCCUUUUACAGACUUAUCUGUCUUUCAAAGGUGGCAGUCGCUAUACGCCUACAACAGUUCUCAGACAAGAUCCGUCAUCACUACCUACUUGGCUGGUGUCUUCACUUCGGUAAACAUGAGGCUAGAAACACUCAACCUCGAUGGGAGAAAAAUUAAAGUCCAGAUGCUUCCCCCUGUAUUCUCCGAGGAUGCCACUAGCUCACCAUGGUCUGCCAACAUCAAAGAGAGCGAUGGGUCGGAGAUCAAGUAUGACGCCUCGAAACUUCUUGCAGAGUUCAAAAAGUAUCUUCUCAACGCAACUGGUCUUCGACUGUACGAUCAUGCUAUGCUGUUUGUGGCAAAUGACAUCUAUGGCGGCUCCGACGAAGGGAUUCGAUUUAACGUCACUAAAGGGUUAGCGUAUGUCUCUACAAUAUGUAAGCAAGCUGAAAGCUCCUCCAUUAUUGAAGAUAAAGGAGCAUACCAAAGUGAAGGGGUGGCAGCUCACGAAUUAGGACACAGUUUGGGAUCCAAACAUGACGGUCAGGAGAACGAAUGUAAAUCCCAGGACCGUUUCCUAAUGUCGGACACCAACUACCCAGCCUCCCCCAGUAACCUGCUGAACCCCUGGAAGUUUUCUUCCUGUUCGUCUGCUGCAAUUCUAAACAAUUUAAAACUGCUGGAGGCUGAUCCAACUUAUCUAAAUGAAUGUCUAAAGAAAAUACUCCAGGGAAGCGUCCCUGUCAACACAUCAACCGUCAAGACAACGAACGAACAGUGUAUUGGUUUCUAUGGAAGCACUUCCUUUACCUGCAGGGGUGGAAUCAUCCCGUCGUUUGACACAGUUUGUGACGAGUUCUACUGUAGGGUCCCCAAGACGGGCCUGUGCGAGAGGAUGACGGCGGCCGAGGGGACGUGCUGCAAAAAUAAAAAGAGCUGCAGGGCUGGCAAGUGUGAAGGAGACGCGGAUGGUUGUAUUAUGGACGACACCUGCCCUCUAGGCGACCAGCCCGGUAUUGUCCUCAACGGUCAGACAUGUGAACAACUCUCACCUGCCUACUGCUACGGCUCAGACAUCGCCCUCAGAUGCUGUGCGAAGUGUAAAAAACAAGAGCAACUGAUCAACAAUCCAAAUUGCCAAUAUGGCGACAAGGUCUUGAGUUGUUUAGCGCAGAACUGCGAUAAAAGUUACACCGACGGCAUUGGAUACAACGUUAGUUGUUGUGCCACGUGCAAAGGACCCCCUCUCGAUGACAGCUCUCAAGUCAAUAAAUCAGGUGUGAUAUACACAUGUUCUGAGCUGGUCAAAGAGUCCAUAAGCUACUGCUACCAGUCAUUGAUCAACAGCAUAUACUGCGCCAAGACUUGUGAGAAUGUCCGCAACAAGGAAUUGCUUGAUUGUCAAUGGGGCAAUAGAAACAACUGUACAAUAUUUUCUAAGAGCAUCAAACCUGGAUAUACCUGUAACACCGGGGAAAAGUUCAACUGCUGUUUGACGUGUGCUGAGAACGCUAUGGCCACAACAGUCGCUCCUACGACGACUACUAAGGCCACAUCAGCUGUGUCUACCAAGUCACCAACGACAACAGCACCUAUAACAGCCCGCCCCACCACAACAAAGGUUAGCGGAAAACCCUGGAAGACUUACUCCUGCCCAUAUCUGUACUGCUCCGGCUCCAAACUCCAGCUCUCAAUAGCAGCUCUCCUGCUGAACGUCUGCUUCCUCCUCAACUUCUUGCACAGCUGGUGAAUGAAUUCUACGGCUCCAGACUCCAGCUCUCAAUAGCAGCUCUCCUGCUGAACGUCUGCUUCCUCCUCAACUUCUUGUACAGCUGGUGAAUCAAAUCAAUUCUAAGGCUCCAUACAACAGCUCUCGACAACCGCUCUUUUGCUGAAGUCUGCAAUGUCAACUUCUUGUACAGCUGGUGAAUCAAACCAAAUCUACAGCUCCAAACUCCGGCUCUUCUAGUCUUUUCCUUCGUCAACUUCAUGCACUUGCAAUCAAUGAUACCCAACUCGUCCACCUCUUAAGGUGAAUGUCUGCGUAUCCCACAAACUUUCGCUCUCUAAAAGAAUCAACCUUCAGAAUCAACCUUCAGAAUCAACAUUCAGAAUCAACCUUCAGAAUCAACAUUCAGAAUCAACAUUCAGAAUCAACAUUCAGAAUCAACAUUUAUCGGGAUAGGUGAGCACCUAUGCAAAUGAUGAAACAUUACUCACCUUAAUAAAGACAUGGAUAUGUUUAUUGAUAUAAAAGAAGGAAGACCCGUGGUGUUCUUUUAAAAAUAAUGAAUUAUAAUGAAGAUUGGUCCUAUCAACUGUAAAAGACUAUUUACUCAGAAUGUGACAGUUUCCAUGGUUAAGACAAUGGAUUACACACCACAGUAAUGACAGUUUACAAAACAAGAAAUCCAAAGUCUAAUAAUAACUGUUGCUUAUGUUGUCUCAAGAGUUCAAUUACCGGUAAGUCCUGAGAUAUUUUUUUUAAUCCGUUGAUUACAUUGUAAUUUUCUUUGUGUUCUUUCCAUUUAUUUUCUCACUUUAAGCAAAUAUUAGUUUCAAUUUAUAAAUAGUAUUCAUUUUAAUGCAUUUUCCAACUUUUUAAAUUACCAAAACUAAAAUCUAAAUUGUUAAAUUCGCCAUUUUUUAACCGUAUGGGAAAAAUCGUUUUAAAAAGAUUCAUUUCUUAAAAAAAAGUUUUACUGUUCAUUUACU